AUGAUAUCCUUAAUAAGUUAUAAUUUAUGUAAAUCUAAUAUAUUACUUGGACAAACAACAAAAGAAUAUAAUUCAUUAUAUAUACAUUUAAUUGAACAUAAUUAUAAAUUAAUAACUAAAACUCAUGCAUAUGCAUCAUGUUUAUUUUUACUUGAAAGUCAUGAAGUUGAUUUACAUUCAUAUGAUAUUUUAUUAUCAUUAAUUAAAGAUAAUAAUUUAAUACAAAAAAUUAUAUCAAGUAGUCUUGAAAGACUUUUAAUAGUUGGUCAAUAUCCUAAAAAUGAUAUAUGGCGUUUAUAUGAACGUUCAAUAACAAUAAUACGUCAAUCAUCAUCGUUCAAUAUUGAUUAUCUUGUUUGA